UCCUGUUCAGAACUGAAAUGUUAGGUAAAAGUGGCUCGGCUCUCGCAGUUUGCAGAAGGCAGUUAAAAAUAGUUAAUAAAUUGUGUUAAACUUGCUACAUUGGUUCCUCACUAUGCGGGAUUCAACGUCCAGCUCCGAAGCGAUAAAACGGAAGAACCACCACAUCUGAGAAAACACAGACGCCAACCCCCCGCCCCAGGCCAUCAGUAGUUGAGUUUGUGCGUGUGUUAGGCACUAUCCGGGACCGGGAUCGGGAUCUGCAGCCAGAACCCCAGCAGCCAGCAACAAAAAAAUGAGUGGACGCGGCAGCCGCAAGCGCGGUCGCCCGCCAAAGACGCCCAACGAGCGGACGUCCGGGCGCUUCGACUACAAGCUCCUCAAGAAACCGAAGUAUCUCAGCGAGGGAAAGUCGCAGCCCAGCACCCCGUCUGCUUCCCGCGGCAUCUCCCCCCAGAGCGACGAGGGCAGCCGGAGCAGCCACAACAAUCACAACCGCAGCAGUCGGGGCAGCGCCGCCUCCAAGCGGGGACGCGGUCGCAAAUCCAAUGUUCAGGCCAACACCAGCAGUUACUCUGCCAGGAAAGGCUUCGAAUCUGAAUAUCACUACGGCUCUGAUUUCGGAGACUCGGACGAGGAGAAGUCGGACAAUGAGGAUGAUAUGCUACUCACCCCCAGCGAUGACGAGAGCUUGGACGGCGCCAAUGAAAGCGAGUCCGAGUUCUCUGUAUGCAGCUUCAACCAGAACGGAGUCGGUCGCCCGUCGCGCCCGCCCAGCCCAGACCCUGUGUGGCUGCAGGAAGGGCGGCAAUACGCGGCGCUCGACCUUCCCGACUCGUCCGAGGAUCUGUCCUUGCCAAAUACUCAAGUCCUGCGCGCCCUCAGUAUUUAUGAAGUGCUGCGUCGCUUCCGGCACCUCGUGCGACUGUCGCCGUUUCGGUUCGAGGACUUUGCAGCGGCCCUGGCCUGCGACGAGCAAAGUGCCCUGCUGACCGACGUGCACAUCAUGCUAUUGAAGGCGAUCCUGCGCGAGGAGGAUGCGCAGGGCACCCACUUCGGGCCUCUGGAUCAAAAGGACACCGUCAAUAUCAGUCUGUAUCUUAUUGACGCCAUAACGUGGCCGGAAGUGCUGCGCAGCUACGUGGAGAGCGACAAAUCGUUUGACCGCAACGUGUACCACAUUCUAAGUCGGACAGAGUACCCAUACACCAGCGUUGAGAACCGCCUUGAGGUGCUCCAGUUCUUGGCAGAUCAGUUCCUGACUGCCAACUCGGUACGCGACGUAAUGCUCCAGGAGGGGCCAAUACACUACGAUGACCAUUGCCGGGUCUGUCACCGCCUGGGGGACCUGCUGUGCUGCGAAACCUGUCCUGCCGUGUACCACCUGGAAUGCGUCGACCCCCCCAUGAACGAUGUGCCCACUGAGGACUGGCAGUGCGGACUGUGCAGGUCCCACAAAGUCACUGGGGUGGUGGACUGCGUGUUGCCGCAGGAGAAGCAAGGCGUUCUCAUCCGGCACGACAGCCUGGGCGUCGACCGCCAUGGACGGCGAUAUUGGUUCAUUGCCCGCCGCAUCUUUGUCGAAGAUCAGACGGACUGCACCUGCUGGUAUUACAGCACAACGAGCAAGUUGAAGCUGCUGCUCAAGCGCUUGGACGCCGAAGAACUGGAGACUCGGCUGCAUGGCCAAAUAUGCGAGCGCCAGGAGGAGAUCGAGCGCCAAAUGAAGCUGACCGAGACCCUGACCAACGAGCACAAGCACUCUAAGCGAAGCAUAAUCGAACUGGAACAAGAGGCUACGAACGAAAUACUGGAGAAGGACUCUGCCGGCGCGGCAGAUGAUGAGGAAGCCAAGUCCGAAGAGGCCGCCAAGAAGACCGAGGAGACGAAGAUGGUGACGCGCCAGAAGACCACUCAGAUGAACAACGGCACGCUGUACUUCAAGCUGGGCAUGGAGCAGGGGUUCAAGAACUAUGUUAACCAGUAUUCGGCCAACACCAUAGCCCUCAACAAGCCGCAGCGCAACGAGGAGCGGGACAAGCGCCGCCAUCUCUCCCACAAGUUCUCACUGACCACCGCCUCGGACUUCAAGUGGAUCGGCGUAACCAUGGGGUCGACGGAGAACAUGAUAACGACCCUCAGACAGACUCUGAUAAACUUCGAGUCCAACAUCGCGGCCUCCUUCUUGAACCCCAACUGGGUGAUAAACAAGAAGGUCUGGAAUGCGGCCGUAAUGAACGCCCGGCGAGCCCCCGACUUCGCCGCCGUGCUGAUGCUCUUCCAGGCGUCUCUCAAGAGCGUGGUCUUCGCCAACGUCUGGCACGAGCAACUGGGCCACACGAGCCUGCAGCGCAUCACCAGUGCUGAGCGGGAGGAGCGCAAGAAGCUGGAGAAGCGUGAGAAGCGCGAACGCGACGAUGAGGAGGAGCGGAACCGCCUGGCCUUCAACUACAUCAAAUACUCGCUGGGCCUGAAGCACCAGGUGUGGAAGCAGAAGGGAGAGGAGUACCGGGUGCACGGCCAGUGGGGAUGGCUCUGGCUCUCGAGCAGCCGCCGCUGCGGAGUGCGUGCCCGUCGGGCCCAGCCCCUGACCCACAACCGAAUAUACGUCCACUACACCAUGGGGACGGAGGAGACGACCGUUAACGAGAUCGUGCUAGUGGACCCUCGCACCCAGCUGUUCAUGCAGCAGUGCGAGACGAGCAACGUCGACGGCCAGGUGUGCCACUACUUACCGGAGCAGUACACCAACGUCAAGGUCAUCGAGGACGUCAAGGACAAGGUCAAGGGCCACAUCGAUGUGAGCAAGGCCCUCACCACUCCCGGCCGCAUAUACUAUCCCAAGGUGGCGCGUAAGAGUAGGCUGGACGACCUAUUGGAGCGGCGCGUGAAGCUGGCCGAGGUCGAGGAGCAGAUAGCCAGUAAAGUGGCGGCAGACGUUAAGCCGUUGGUGAUUGCCGCCCCGAGUCCGGCCAGCAGCAGCCAGACUUACUUGGAGAAGCGCCUGCUGCGCCUCACCGAAGCCGCCGCCAAGGGAGGUCCGGCCAACGUGAACCUGGAGCUCGUAAACUCGCUGGCCAAGCAAAUCCAAACAGUGCGGCUGCAGUUCAGCCAGCUCAACCGCUUCGCGAAGACCUUCCGCUGCUACACGAAGGAGUGCAACACCAACUCGAAUGCCGUCUCUCAGAUCACCCAGAACACUUGCUACUCGCCGCUGUGCCUCCAGAAGGCCAGGGCCAAGAAGGAGCUCCUCCUGCUGCUGCGCAAGGCGCACACCGCGGGCAACGGAUCGAAGGAGACUGUCGCCGCGAUUCUGGGCGCCGUCAAGAAGCCCUCGAUCUUGGAGCAGAAACUCACCGAGGGCAAGAGGGAAAGCACCCAGAUAUCGGCGGAUGAAUCAGAGGACGGGAAGGCCCCGGAGUCCGAAACGCCGCUUGAUUUGCUGCAAGAUUGGGAGCAGGCUCGAGCGCAUGCCGUCACCUUCAGUGACCUGUUCCUGAGCGAGUGCCUGCAGCUGGAAACGGACGCCGCCGGCAACCCGAAGAUCAAAGAGGAAGACGAUCCUAGUACCGGAAGCAGCGCCACCCCGGCCGACUCCAACACGCAGGACUCGGACAAGAUGGACUUCAUCGAGAGCAUGGACGUGUGCAGCAACGUGGAGAUCGAGAGCACCGAAGACUCAAUAGUGGCGGGGCUGAAUGCGGCCAGUGCCAACGCCGAGGACGCGGACACGGCCCCAGGAUGGCGGCGAAAGCGCAACCAGAAGUCCAAGAAGGCCUAUAUCGGCACCAAGGAUGUUCUGGAUCAGACCCUGGACAAGGAUAUUCCACUGAACAAGCAGAACCGCCGGUUCCCCAUAAACGCACGGCCGAUAAAGCGUGAGCCUGUCAAGAAGUACGAGCGGGAGUACUUCGAAAACGGAACGGAGCGCGUGUACUCCACGAAGUCGGCGAGUGGCCGCGUUUACCUCAUCAGCGACUCGGCCAAGCUGUACGAGCAGGCCGUCAAGAGCGAGGACAAGUCCACACCCAUUGCCAAGAAACCCUCCUACUCGCGGUAUCCCCUCAUCUCGAAUUUCCUGACUCACAAGAAGAAGCGCAGCCUCCUGGUCCUGCCGCGCUACGAGUUGUUGAAGCUGGCGCGCCUCGGCGGGAAGUCGACGGCAAACGGCUUCCACCAUGGGGCCAAGAACAACUCCAUUUGGCAGUAUCAGUGCUCGCGUCCGCUCUUCCGCACCUGCUGGUCCUACCGCACGUCCAAUGCCACCACCCUCGCCAGCCUGGCCCUGCAGCUGCGCAUCUUGUGGUCGUGCCUGCGCUGGGACGACAUGAUCGCGAAGCCCCCGUCCACAGAUGGCAAGCAUCAGGUGACGACGGACACGGAGAUCGUAACGCUGGAGCUGCUGAAGCUCCGCCACGCUGGGCGCUACGGCGAGAAGACGAGCUACCUACGGCGAAAGGUUGUCAUUCCACUCGAAAUGCCAAAAACCAUACGAGAAGUCACAUCGAUCCGCUCUGGCUUGCGGAAGCGGAAGCGGGCCGAGUCGCCCCAGCCGACCGAGCCCCAGAUCAGUGAAGAAUGGGUCGAGGAGGACAAGCUGGAGCUGUGGGAGAUCAAGUUCAUGGGAGAGAAGCAGGAGAAGGCGCGCCUGUCGACCGUGACGCGGUCGGUCGCAUCCCGCCAACUGGAGGCCAGUGGCGGCAGCAACCUGGCGGGAACUUCCGCCAACGGCACUACAAUCGGAGUGGGCGGGCGCAUCCAGCUGGCACCAAAGACCAGCGAAGACGUCAAGGAAAAGAUGGAGCAGCAGCUCAAGCUGCAACGGGCCGUGCACCAGCAGCGCAAGGUGGUCGGUGCGGGCGACAUUGCUCGUUCGGUAACUCCAGUCAAGGGGCAAGUCAUCGGCAGCCGGCGUGUAAUAGUCAAGAAUCCGGACGGCACGACGCGGAUCAUCCAGCAGGCGGUGACGCAAGUGGCGCGAUCUUCGGCGGCGGGAAACUCAGCCACUACAGCAGCGUCUUCGCCCUCUGCUUCCAACACAUCCAGCUCUCAGGCCAAUCCGUCUUCUACUCCCCAUAAGGUGCAGAUCAUACGGGGGCCGGAUGGCAAGGUGAGCGUGCGUGGCCUCAAUCCCGGGCAGCAGUUGGUCCAGAUGCCGGACGGUAAGCUGCACGUGCUGACCACCACUCCCGCGUCCAAUGCAAACACACCAGGAAACAAAGUCAACAAGGUCAUCAAGACGGUGUCCGCGACGUCGUCGCCAUCGGUGACCGGCGCUCCUGCGUCGACUUCGGCAGCUGGAACUCCUGUGAUCAAGCAGAUUGCUGUGAAGCACGUGGCCAAGACCCCCGGGGCUCAGGCAAUAGCGACGUCGCAACGAGUGGCGUUGCCGAUCGCACAAAUCAAAAACAAGUUGUUGCUGGCCCAACAGCAGCAACAGGCAUCCUCAUCGACGGCCACCACGUCGUCGCCGGGCGUGCAGAAGAUAGUGUCCAAGGUGGUGAGCGCGACGCCGGGCCAGAACCUGCAGCAGGUGUUCGUGCAGUCCGGCUCCAAGCUGGUGGUGGGCCAGAACGCGCAGGGACAGAAGGUGAUCAUCUCCACCUCGUCGGCGCAGCAGCAGGGGGCGUCGCCGGUGCAACAGCAGCAGCAGCAGAUUGUGCAGACGCAAGUCCUGUCGCAGCCUGUCCAGCAGUCGCCCCAGCAGCAGACCCAACAGAUCUCAGUCAACCAGGUAGGGGCUCAACCAACACAAAAGGUAAUUCAACAGAUCGUCAACACCAGUAACGUACAACAACAGAUAGUGCUGGGCGGGCAGCGGAUUAUCCUAAGCCCUGGCCAGACAAUAGUCACCCAGCGGAAUGUGCCGCAGAGUCAAGCCCUCCAAAUGGUCCAGCAGCAGAUUCAAACCCAACAGCAGCAGCAGGUUGCGCAGCCCCAGCAGCAGUUUGUUGUCCAAACGAAUCAGGUUGUGUCCUCGCCCAGCACCCAGACCAAGUUGGUGAAGCAGCUGGUGGUGCAGCAGCAGCCCGUGCAGGCGGCGGUGGAGGAGAAGGCGCAGGUCAAUAGCAGUGGCGAGGCGGGGGAGACCGCCAUGCAGCAGGUGCUUGUGCCGAACUCGACUCUGGCCCAGCAGCUGGCGCAGGGAAAGCUGCAGGUAGCCACCGUCAAUGGCCAGCAGGUCAUUGUGAAGCCGCUGGGCAACAACCAGGCGCAGAUUGUGGCGCACAUCAAGCACCAGGGCGACGGCAACGCCCACAUUGUGACCAACAACGCCGCCCCCCAGGCCAGUCCCCAGAGCUCGCCCGUCAAGCAGCAGCAGACCCUCACCGCCCAGAGCCCGCAGCAGCAGGUGGUCAUCCAGCAGCAGCAGAUCGCCCAGCCGGCGGCCACGAACUUCGACUGUGGCAGCUCGUCCGUCGUGGCGCAGGCUGUCACCGGGCAGACGCCGGCCAUGAGUGUGGAGGAGAGCCUGUUGCAGAACCAGCCGCCCGGAACAGUCAUAAAGUGCGUCACCGCCCAGGUGUUGCAGACGGAGCACGGGCCCCGCAUCGUCCUGCAGGGUCUGGUGGGCAACGACUUCACCGCGCAGCAGCUGCAGCUGGUGCAGACCCAGGUGAAGCAGCAGUUGAUGAAAGCCCAAGAGUCAAACGGCAAGCUGGGCGUUUUGGGGCCCACCAAGAUAUACCUGGCCGUGCAGCCGGAAACCAGCAACCAGUCGCAACCACCCCCGCUCACCCCAGUCCACCAAUCGGCUACGCACCAACAAACCAACAUCGACAGCGACGCCGCUGCGCUAACAACCACAUACGAAGCCAGUCCAACCAUUAGAAUUAAUUCAAUAAACAGUGCCAGCAGUGAGCAGGAGCAUAGUAAAAGUGCACAAACUGACAAAACUAAUAUACCCAUUAACCACAAGCCUUCUGUCGGUACCUCUCCCCUGUUAGAGGGCCUAGAACCCAACGAGUCAAUGGCAGCAGAUCAUAACGCACCGGCGUCCGCACCGGCGGAUGGAGAGGCAGGAUUAGAGGAGGAUAAGCAGGGCGACGGCUUUGUUGUCACCAGCGGCUACAUACAAGAAUCUAUCAACAACGCCCUCAAGCAGGGCAAUCUCAGUCCGGAACUUGAGGAGAAGCUCGUCAACAUGCGAAAGCAACAACAAGACCAGCAGGACGAUUGGGAGCUCUCUUCCAGGGGAAGUGCCAGCGACGACGUCCGAACCUCCCGUCGCAGGCGCACUACCUCGCGCCUACAGAACGAUGACACGGAAUGGAAAGCUCGAGCUCCGUCCCGACGUACGAACGCGAUGACCACCAGCAGCCAGUUCAAUAGAACCAUCAAGAGAACCCGCAGGCAGACUGAAGAGGUGUCGGACCUGGGAGAGCCCAAGCAAACGCAGUUGGAACGCCACAAGGAAAUGCUCAAGAAGACCAUUUUGCGCAAGAGGUCGCUGCUGGAGAGAAAUCUCCAAAACGAAAUACACGACGAGGUGAAAACCAAAGUGCAGCGUCACGCUCGUCCCGUUAGCGUGGCUUCGCUAGACGAGCACAGCGAAAAUGAGCGUAGCUUUUCCGAGUCAAACUCGGAAUUGAAGAGGUCGGAACCGAAUGCUCAAAACAGCAGGCAUGGAGUGGGCAGGCCCAAGAAAAUGAUAAGAAAGAAGGAGAAACUAUACUGCGUUUGCCGCACGCCAUACGAUGACACAAAGUUUUACGUGGGCUGCGACCUGUGCAGCAACUGGUUCCACGGCGAAUGUGUAAAUAUCAGCGAGGAGACCUCGAAGAAGCUGUCGGAGUUCAUUUGCGCUGACUGCAAGAAGGCUAGGGAGACCCAGCAGCUUUACUGCAGCUGUCGCCAGCCGUACGAUGAAUCGCAGUUCUACAUAUGCUGCGACAAGUGCCAGGACUGGUUCCACGGAAGUUGCGUGGGGAUCGUGCAGAGCGAGGCCGAGUUCAUAGAUGAGUACGUCUGCCCGGGGUGCCAGCGGAAGACGGAUGCCAACGCUGCCAAUAUGAAAACCCUGACGCCCAAUCAUAUUAACGAGCUGAAGAUUUUAAUCAAGCAAAUUCAGUCGCAUAAAAGUGCUUGGCCAUUCAUGGAACCGGUUGACCCGGAAGAAGCACCCGACUACUACAAAGUAAUUAAAGAGCCAAUGGAUCUCAAAAAGAUGGGAAGUAAACUCGAAUCGAAUGCCUAUACCAAGCUAGCCGAAUUUAUAGGCGAUAUGACAAAAAUCUUUGACAACUGCCGCUACUACAACCCGAAAGAAUCAUCCUUCUACAAAUGUGCAGAGGCACUGGAGUCAUACUUUGUGCAAAAAAUCAAAACUUUCCGCGAAAACGUUUUGGGCCAAAGUAAAUAAGACACGUUAGAUAAGCCAUUAUCCUAUAAGCAACUACAACCUAGUUCAGUCUAGUUCGUACAUCAUUGAAGCAUCUAACUCUUUGCGUGAAUUAAUUUCAUUAUUUUGUUUUUAAUUUGCAAACAACCAUUUUGUUACACUCAUAUUCUGUAUCAAAUUAAAGGAAAAAUUUAACUUUAUUCUUAUUAGGGAAUCUUAUAUAUGUGUAUAUAAACAACUCUGAGAAUAAUAUGAAUUUGACAUGCAGAUCCGUGUAAGAUACUUCCAAUAUGCAAUGGAUGCCACUUAGCUCAUAGGACUUCUGAGGAUACACAAGCAAAGUUGUACUAAUCUGUGUACAGCCAAUUAAAAUGUAAAUAAUCCCUUAUGCAUUUGUUUUGAUAUUAACCCUAAUCACAUAACUAGAUAAUAACUUACAAGUAUAAGUUGUAAAAAAUACAAGCUUAUAUUAAAGAG